GUUUUGAACAGAAAGAUCCAGAAAGGAGGAGAGAGAGGCGAGAGAGUAAACAGAGAGAUUGAGAAAGCGAUGAGCGGAAUAGCAUCGGCAUCGUUCUUAACUCGAAGAGCGGCGCAGAGGGAGAGGGUUCGAAUCCUCUACAGGCGUGCUCUCAGAGACACUCUAAAUUGGGCGGUCCAUCGUCAUCUCUUCUAUCCUGAUGCGGAUGCCCUAAGGGAGAGAUUUGAGGUCAACAGAAAAGUGGAAGAUGUCGAAACUAUUGAUAGACUUAUAGCUGAUGGUGAAGCAUCCUAUAAUAAGUGGCGGCACCCUGAUCCUUACAUUGUUCCAUGGGCACCUGGUGGUUCCAAGUUCAACAGAAAUCCAGUGCCUCCAGAAGGGAUUGAGAUAGUGUAUGACUAUGGCAAGGAAGAGGCUGAACUAGUAUGAUAUUCUCCCAUGAAUAUGAAUAAAAGAUUUGGAAAGUUCAGGCGUGCAAGGACAGUCAGAUCCAGUCUUGUCUUCUUUUCUUAGUAAUUAAAGGAACGUUACAUAUGUUUUCAGGUUUGAUGCUUAACGAAAUGAGAUUUUGCAUGGCACGAUGCUCAUGUAAAUUUGACUGUUUAGUAGUUGUAAGCUGCAAAACAAGAAUUGUGAAAAUAAAAGCAUCUGACUGUUUAGUAGUUGUAAGCUGCAAAACAAGAAUUGUGAAAAUAAAUGUCAACUUUGUGUUGAAAUUGACAUGUGAGGAUUUAUUUGGAUUGCAAUUCUAUCUGUUUUUGAUAAUCA